AAUGUAAGCAGAAGUCUUCUCCUUUCCCUACUUCUCUCUCGCUCUCGCUUUCGCUCUGCUACUCAAAACCAGACAAUGCUAAAACCCUCAUUUUCGUCACCUUCAAUCUCAGCACUCUCUCAUUGCGCGCGCUUUUCUUCUCUCUUUCACUCCAUAUUAUACUGCUUUUGAUCAAAGUGAAGCUGGACAUACUUCUGUAACGUGAUGAGUGGGAGUAGCAGAAAACGCAAUUCUAAAUGGGAUAUGAAAGAAGAGUCCCAACAUUCACAUGAAAAUGUACGAGACAAUGCUUGGCCUCGGAAAGCAGGUAUAUCUUUUCAUGACAAAGAAUCACGGUCUGGAUGGUUUUCCCCCAAGGGUGGUGGCUAUAAUAGUGGCCACAAGUGGUCCUCUAGGGAAGAUGACAUGCUGAAAUCAAGGCGUGAUUCACGAUUUCCAUCUAGGGAACCUUUGCCUGGAAGCAGAGGUUCACUGAAGGAGGAUUGCAUCGAUGACUAUCGGGAAAGUUUCAGAGCCACAACUGCAUGGGAUGGAGAAGGGAGUUACAGCAUGAAAAUGUCUCCUGGCCUUGAUGACUGGAGACAACAAAUUCGUCGCCACUCCCCAAGAAGUGAUUGGAAUGGACCUCACAGAAGUAGAAGCCGCAGCCAGAGCCGGAGCCGGAGCCGAAGUUGGAAUCGGAGUAGAAGCCCAGUCCGUGGAUUUAGGCAAGAAUCAGACAUCUAUGUCAGAAACAGGGAAAGAUCAGGAGUAUCAGCUCAAUUAUGUAAAGAUUUUGCUGCUGGGAGAUGUAGGAGAGGAAAUAAUUGUCCGUUUUCUCAUCAUAGUAGUGAAAGUUAUGAGGAGAGUAGGGAAAGUAGACAUAGGAAAGCUGGAGCUCCUAAGUAUUCCAUUCCUCAUGAAUCCAGGGAGUAUCCAAUGAGGAGUGGAAGAAACAGGGAUGCAUCUUUGGAGCGGGGAGGUGACCAUGAUUCCCGUAAGAAUGGUGAUAUACCCUGCAAAUUCUUUGCUGCGGGAAAUUGUCGCAAUGGGAAAUAUUGCAGAUUUUCUCAUAGUGUUCAGGCAAGUCCUAAUAGAAGGUCACGGGAUAACAACUUGGUGCGGCGAAGCCACAAUUUAGAUGACAAAGAUAAAUUAUGGAAUGGUCCAACGUGGAGUGACACCAACACAUUCACUGAUACUGUAAAGUUGAGUGAUGAAAAACUUGAAAGGAUGGGUGACAGAAGGGCAAGGGAUGAUAGGUGGUCACGGAGCCAUAAUUCAGAUGACAUGGAGAAAGUAUGGGAGGGUCCAAAAUGGGGUGGUAAAGACAAACCAACAGAUACUGCAAAAUUGAUUGAGGAUCGCAAUGAAAGAAUGGGAUCCCUUGAACCAAGGUUCUCUGCUUGGUCUGCAGAAGGUAGAUGGCCUCACAGCUUGGAUGAGAAUGCGGCACGUGCUGACCAAACAGCAGUUAGUCAUGGAGCGGUUGAGAGCAACAAUAUGGAAGCCCUACAAUGUAAAAUGAAAAAUUCUAGUGUUGGCAUGGUAGUUUCUGAAUCAGGAGGUACUGAAAAUUGGCUUGGUGAUAUGGAGAUGUCUCCUGAGUGGAAUUAUAGAGUGCAACCUUCCAACCGUGCUUUAAAAGAAGAGCAUGGUCAUAUUACUCAGAGUUCACAAUCUCUAGCUCUUGGUGAUACCUCUGUACUCAGUCGUGAACAGGAAAUAAGUCGUGAAGCUUCAGUUCAGUUGCAUGAUGCAUCUUCAUCUAUGCAACCGAUGAUAAUUGAAAAGCCUUACUUCAAGCACGACUAUAAUCAGAGAGAAGGUGGUGGUGUUGCAUUGCCUGGCAGUGAUAAGAAUGCUUUUGGAAGAACUGCUACUUCACACAUUGAUCUAAAUUUUUCUGCCAGCCUCUUGCCAACGCCAAGCUUUGAUCAGAAUGGCCAGAUUCCAAGUACUCUACCCUUAAGCUUAAAUUCCUUUGGACAAAGCCAAGGUGCAAUCACUUCUGAACCUUCUGGAGGACAUAUGAAAAUUCCUCAAACUCACACACUGUUUCCGGAGGAAAAAUCAAUCAACAAAUCGGAUACUGUGGAUACAAGUGCAUCACAAUUUAGUUCUGGAAUUAAGCCAACUCAAGACGUGGUCGGCAGUGAACAGCUCACUCAGCUUUCGGCCUCUCUUGUUCAGUUUCUUGGAAAUCAGCAACAGCUUCCACAAAUUUAUGCUGCACUUAAUACUGCUAAUUUGGUCCAAAUGUCUCCAUCUGCAAAUGCUGAAGGUUCUAUUGAACCAGAUUCUGCUGUGAUCUGUCAGCCGAAUGAAGCCAUUAAAUCCCAUAUGCAGUAUGACCCUUUAUGCGAUAGCAUUGACUCCAAGAAGCACAAUGCUGUUAACCUCCCACCAUUUUCAGUAAAGCCUGUUGGACAGAAAAUCACUGUGGAUGUAAAGCCAGAGAUUCCGAAGGGUGGUUCAGAAGAACCUUCUAAGAAGAGCCAAAUAUCAGAAAAGCUGGAACUAGAUGCAGAUUGCAAGGUUAGUAGCAACAGUGGGGGAGUGGAGGCUGAAGAAACCAAGAAAGCACAAGUAGAGAAUCAGAUACUAGAGAACGAUGGUGUCGAGAAAACAGAUGGUGAUGACAAGGACGAUGAUGAAGGUAAGAAAAGGAAGGAUGCCAAGGAAAGCAAGGAAGCUAAAGGGAUUCGCACAUUUAAAUUUGCACUUGUGGAGUUUGUUAAGGAGAUCCUGAAACCCACAUGGAAAGAAGGUCAAGUUACCAAAGAUGCUUACAAAAACAUAGUGAAGAAAGUAGUCGAUAAAGUUACUGGUACUAUGCAGGAGGCUGCUAAUAUUCCUCAAACACAAGAAAAAAUUAACCAAUAUUUGGCAUUUUCGAAACCAAAGCUUAGCAAACUUGUUCAGGCUUACGUGGAAAAAUUUCAGAAGGGCUAAAUAAAUGGAGCAGGAAUUGUCAUGAAUGCCAUGUUUAUGAUUCUUCCAGUGUUGAGCAAGCUGCCAGUGGUUUUUCGAGGCAAUUAUAUGCUUCGGCAGCUUCUAAACAAGUUAUUUCUUUUCCCUUUUAUGUAUGUUAGAUGUUGGAAACGAGUUUGCCUAGUUGUCAACUCAUAAAUGUAGAUAUAUGGAAGUUCUUUUUCUUUUUCGUCUUUUGAUUUAGUUUAAUAGUCGGCGUUUGCACAUUCUCAUAAUGAUUUCAUAUGGUGCUAGUAGAACUGGUUGACAUAAGGUUAUUCUACU